CUUGUGCACACGGGAGAACGCCCCUUCAACUGCAUAGAGUGCGGCAAGAGCUUCAAGAGGGCGGAUGUGCUGAAGGCCCACCAGCGGGUGCACACGGGCGAGAAGCCCUAUGGCUGCUCCACAUGCGGCGAGAGCUUUACCCAGUUGUCGGGGCUGCGGGAGCACCAGCGGGUGCACAGCAGUGAGCGGCCCUUCACCUGCUCCGACUGUGGCAAAGGCUUCAAGUCGUCCAAGGAUCUGAAGGUGCAUAGGCGCGUGCACACCGGGGAGCGCCCCUACACAUGCAGCGACUGCGGCAAGGGCUUCACCCAGUCCAGCGGCCGGCUGGUGCACCAGCGCACCCACACCGGCGAGCUCCUCUACACAUGCGCCCAGUGCGGCAAGGGCUUCACCCACUCCAGCAACUUCCUGAGGCACCAGCGCAUCCAUACCGGCGAGCGCCCCUACACCUGUGCCCAGUGCGGCAAGGACUUCACCCAAUCCAGCAAACUGGUGCUGCACCAGCGCACCCAUACCGGUGAGCGCCCCUACACCUGCGCCCAGUGCGGCAAAGGCUUCAAAUCGUCCACGGAAUUGAAGUUGCACAGGUGGUUGCAUACCGGGGAGCGGCCCUUCACCUGCAGCGACUGCGGAAAGGGCUUCACCCAAUCCAGCAGCCUACUGGUGCACCAGCGCACCCACACCGGCGAGCUCCCCUACACAUGCGCCCAGUGCGGCAAGGGCUUCACCCGCUCCAGCAACUUCCUGAGGCACCAGCGCAUCCACACCGGCGAGCGUCCCUACACCUGCGCCCAGUGUGGCAAGGGAUUCACCCAGUAUAGUCACCUGCUGGUGCACCAGCGCACCCACACCGGGGAGCGCCCCUUCACCUGCGCCCAGUGCGGCAAAGGCUUCACCCGCUCUGACCGGCUUCUGGAGCACCAGCGCACCCACACCGGCGAUCAUACCUACACCUGUACCCAGUGCGAUCUCGCCACUCCCGUCUGGCAGAUUGAAUAA